GCUGAAGGUGGGGUUGUGCGUGGUCGAGUUCUUCGUUUUCCUCUCCCUUUUUCUUCUUGAAGCAGGCGCCUUCCGUUCCUCCUUCCCCUCCCCUGGUGCACAUCAUCCGGCGAUCGCCUUGAGCCCGCGCUUCUCUCCCCCCCCCCCCGCACGAUCCCUGUGCUCAGACACAAAAGGACGUUUGGUCAGCCUUUUUGUUAGGACUUCAUGUCUGUAUUUUUCCCCAUUCACUGCCCUGAUUAUUUGAGAUCAGCUGACAUGACUGAGGUGAUGAGCGCUCCAUCUAUGGACGAGAUUGGUCUAAGCCCUUGCAAAGAUGGCCUGUCUUAUCAGAUUUUCCCUGACCCUUCUGACUUCGAUCGCUACUGUAAGCUGAAAGACCGCCUCCCUUCCAUUGUGGUAGAGCCAACAGAAGGAGAUGUGGAGAGUGGGGAGCUAAGAUGGCCGCCUGAGGAGUUCCUGGUCCAGGAAGAAGAAGAAGAAGAAGAAAACUGUGAUGAAGCAAAGAAAGAGAGCAAGGAGCAAUAAAUGGCACUGAGUCUUCUGUACUAAUUCAAAUGCUGUGUCAUCUGGAGGGGGAGAACCACAACUGUUCUGAAGAGUCUUUUUCUGCAAAAGACAUUCAAUUUUGCACCUGCAAGAUCUUAGUUUUUGUUUUUGUUUUUUCAUAUUCUCUAUUGAGAACUGAAGUGCUUGAUGUGACAAUCUCCAGCUGAAACUAAGGAAGAAAGUUGGGCAGGGGAAAGAAAUGGCUGCUCUUCUUAAGAGUCACUGCUGAAUUUUGUUGAGGUUAUUAAGGGUGCAGCAGUGAAAUAGCAGCGUGCUUUAGUGGAGGAUUAGCUAGGCAGGAAACCAUGUUAUAUGUGAGGCAGAAGAAGUGAAAGCCCAAGUGUAAAAUGCAGCUGCAUUUCUGAAAGGAAUUGCCUCUGGCUACAAAACCAUGAGAAUAGUAUUCAUCUCUAAAACUUGCCUUCAAAUAGUGCUUCUGUUUUGCGUGUGUGCGUGUAUGUGUUUGGGGGUUGGGAGGUAGGCAGCAUGGUAACAUGCCACUUAAAUGCUCCAGUGAUAUUAUACCAUCAGGCAGAUGUGCCUGGCUGAACAGCAUAGAGGAGCAGUGGUUGAAUAACCUCUUGUCUCAAAAGUCACAUAAUUGCUGUAGGAAUUAUGGUGCUUGGCAUUGGCUUGCCAGCCUGUUAGACAAAAGCUGUCCCCACCCCGGUCAUCCCAGUUUUUGUUCUUCAAGAACACAUUUAACCUCCAUAGUGCUGAGUGGCUUUGGAUGGUCGAGUGCCAGCUUUAAAAAUGGCCCUUGGCCAUUCUGUAGUAACUUUGUUUAUCUGGCACAAGGUAACAGGCAAGUUGCAAGGAUGUGGGGGGGGGGAAAGUGGAGACUUAAAAUAUAGGUUUAUUUUUGCCACUGUAACUGCUAUCAGUUCUCCAAGCCAAUAAGACAUCUGGUUGCAGAGGGACACCAGGUUUUCCAAUGGCAUUGAGGCUGUCUGUUUUGACUAUGUGGAAAUGCUAGAUUUAAGGACUCACUUUAUGGGAGCCAACCAGGCCAUCUGAUAAGGGCGCAGAAACAGCUUUGGAGCUUCUGUGAAAGCAGGAUGACAAAACAUGAUCAUUGGAGGAAAGCGGGUCUUCUCUUCCGAAACAAUAAAAUAGUAUUAUGAUCUCAGUGUUGUGGAGAAAAUAAAGUGCUUUUUCAACAUAUCUAUGGAAUUUCUUGAAGAUCUAAAUUCUCAAUAAUAAACUCACUUUCGCUGUCCUGUUUAACUUUUCCUGGGAGAAGAAGAGAAAUUUUCAGGGUAAGCUAAUUUGCAGCUUUCUAGGAGAAAGCAUCACUCUGCUUGGAGGAGAAGUCCUGACUCAGAUCUCACAGAAUUGGCUAGGGAAAGGACCGUUCUGAGCAAUGAAAUGGCAUGGAUUUCCAUCCAUUCUGGAGGAGCUAAACCAGAAACCCCCACCAGUGAUGCAUAUUUUUGAUGGCCUUGACAGGGUAGUCAAAAUAAUUCCUAGUCUCCCAUGUUCCUGGUUUAUUGGCUUUGGUUUUUUUGGGUUUUUUAGAAAUCUGUUGGGCCUUUGUGUAUAUUUUUGUAUUUGAUACCUCAUGAGUAGUAAAAACGCUGGCAAUGGGUUAGGGGGGUUUGCUUGUUUAAAAAUCAGCAGGAUUAUUUUUCAGUCUUGUCUUGCUUGUGUUUUUGACAUAAUGGCAAUAACUUUUUAAUAGUUGUGAGUCACUGUUACAUGUGGGUGUGAGGUUGCAGAUUAUUCCUGUCUAAGUUGUUUGUCUGCCCCCUCCCUUUUUGUUAAUAUCGUGUGGGGGAUAUAGUUGGUGUUCUCGUUUUUCUUUUGGCAGCCAAGAACCUGUCAGUCACAAAUAUGUGCUACCUGUCUUGGUGGACGGUUUUGUCCUCACUGAAACCUGUCUUGCAUCAUUACCUAGCCAAGGUUGCUUUGAAAUCAGUGGAUCCAGAUGUUUUUCAGUCUUGUGUCCUGGACACCUGUUCUUGUCUUGCUGUUCAGUAGAAUGAGCUUUUACGCCUGCACACCAGCCUAAAUCUUUCAUUAUUCCCCCUUCUUUCCAGUUACUUUAGUUGCUUUUGAAUUUUGUCUCUUAAGUUUUGAAAUUGUCCAAUAUUAUCCACUUGGAAAAGCAGAAAUUGUUAUGCUUAGGAGUGGAAAUGCUGUUGUCUUGAAAUAUAUUUGCAUAUCCUUUUCUGCCUCUUUUUGUUGUUGCUUGUAUGUCAUUGUUCGAAUGUGUCUGAAGAACAAAGCACUCCUGUUGAACUUCUCCUGUUGUAUAUUACAUUCUAUAUUUCUGUAAUUCUUUUUUGAGCCUCAGGGAAAAA